GUUCCACUCAGAGUAGUUUCAAGUGGUGUCCUCAUAAAGUAAUGAGUUUUAAACAAUGUAAACCUGCGAAAUGAAUUCCUUGAAUAUGGGAGCUGCCGUACAAAACGGAAAGAAAUUAAAUAACAAGAAACGCGCCCAACCUAAGAAAACCAAGGCAAAGAAAUCGAAGAACAAGGACCAAUACAGCACCGCUCGAUUAUUCAAGGGCAGUCUAUUGUAUCAGACAAAGGAGUUUUUUGAAAAUUCCACCCUCCAUGGAGUGCGGUACAUCGCCGAAGAGGGACGACCCUUCUUCGAACGGUUCAUGUGGUUCAGCUUCGUGGCCACCGGAGCCGUCGCGGCCAUUGUGAUCAUUUUCAGUCUGUGGGAAAAGUUUCAAACCAAUCCCACCAUAACCGGACUGGAUACGGACUUCCACAACCAGGAAGUUAUCUUCCCUACGGUGAUGGUCUGCCCUGAGAAGCCGUACAACCAAGAGAUAGUGCACGAUGUGGCUCACGUAACGCUGAGCAACUACGAUCCCGGCUCGGAACAGUACGAACCGUUUCUGCAGAUGCUGACGCAGCUGUCGUACGGUGUGAUGAACGAAAUGGUGACGCUCAGUGAGAACGUGUCGGACAAGAAGUCUAUGCAGAAUCGCGAUUUGCGGAACCUGGUUUUCAAGCUGGCGAUUGGAUGUGGGGAAACGUUCAAAGGCUGCUGGUACAAGGACGAACCGAUCGAUUGCUGUGCGUACUUCAAACAGGUGUACUCGGAGCAUGGGUUUUGUUACUCGUUCAACGCACGAUAUGUUUCGCUACCGGCAGUUGAGGAACGCACAACCGAAGUUAAUCUACUGUACGAAACGGACAAAAAAUGGGGCCUCACAUUUGCGCCCCUGCUCCGGUCGCACAUCUUCGUGCACUCGUACAACGAAAUCUCCGGCUGGGACUUCCGACCGCACGUCCAGUGGGAGACCAACUUUGCCAUCGACUUUCUGAUAUCAAUGAAGGAAACCUACACCACGGAGGAUGCUCGGCAGUUGUCCACCGGCCAGCGGAAGUGUAUCUUUCCGGACGAGGUCAGACUGAAGUACUACCGCGACGAUUACACCUUCUCGGGGUGCAUGAAGGAGUGCCGGAUGCAGAAGUGCCUCCAGUACUGCAAGUGCAUCCCUCCGUUCUAUGCGCCACCGGUUUCGCUGCCAUUCUGCACCGUCAAACAGCUGGCCUGCCUGGCCAAGUACACGGACAACAUAACCAGCAUUAGCGAUUGCCAGAACUGCGAGUUGGGCUGCCACAAUACGGUUUACGACAUCGAGAAGUACUCCAAAUCCAUGAUCACAGACGUCAGCAAGGAGCCGGUGGUGACGAUCGAGUACCUCACAUGGCCGAUCAUUCGCUACAAACGCGAAGUAUUGUUCGGUUGGGUUGACCUGUUGGUAUCGUUCGGUGGCAUUGCAGGUCUAUUCCUGGGCUUCAGCCUCCUGUCAGGGGUCGAGAUCGUAUACUUCUUCACGAUGCGUGCCUGCUGCAUGCUGUACAAAAACCGCGACGAGCUUAUCGCAAUUGAGCAGGAGAAACUGAAGCGACCCCAACAUCGGUACGACCUUGGACUCAGGCCGGACUUCAGAAAUCGAGUACAUGAAAUUAGUGAUUCGACCCUGCCGGCAUCGACGGCUGUACAGACAGAAAAUCUAACCAAACGGUCGUUCAAAAGUAAGCAGGUAAUAACGAUUGGGCUAAUCGAGCAGGAAUUCAACGCUGUCAAGGUGCCGAACGGCAAAGGACUGGUAUUGGUGGGACCGACCAAUCGGUACAUUUCCCGAUACGAACGGAUUAAGAACAUGGCAAGGACGGACCAAUUCAGGCCGAUUCUGGUGGCGCCGUACAGCGAGAAAAUCAAACCCCUCGAUAGGAAUGUGAUAGGCGACACGGACGGACUGUUCUACAAGGGAUAUUUACCGUGAAGCAACAUGUUGAGUUGAUACAACUUCUAUGUUGAAAAAAAGUAAUUGAUAAAAACGUUGAUA